UUACAGUUACCUUAGCAACCAUCAAAGUUUGUGUCUACACCGCUGCUGCUGUUCGUCCCGAACCUGCAAGAGUAUUUAAUGCUAGACAUCCAGAAGAGCGUUUCUGACUAAUCUUGAAGUGUCAGUAGGAUUAAAGGUGAAACGUUUUAAGACGUGUGAAAGAGAUGGAAGCUGCGGAUGGAAACCAAGACAGCAGUGAAGAGACGAAGCAGACAGCUGCGUCGUUCAAGGCCUAUUUGAUGAAAAACAACACGAAAAAUAACCUGAAUCUUUAUGACCAUCUCACUCGGUUGCUGAUAAAGCUGAUGGAUGAGCGUCCACAGGAUGUGGUGGAUGUGUUCGAGGAUAUGAGCCAUGAUGUCAAACGGGGUUUAUUUGAACAAAAGCAGAGCACCCUACGAGACCUACAACAGACAACAGCUGCUGAGCUGCUGGCUGAGCAGCAGCGCCAGCUGUUUGCUCGCUCAGAAGAAGCUGACCAAGAGGACGAACUGGUGGACACACCUUUUCCAAAUGUGAAUGAGAUUGGCUUUUACCUGGAACAGGCUGGGGUGGGCCUGGGCAGAGAGGAGAUGCAGAGGAUCUUCCUCGCACUCAAGCAGCUUGUUGAGUCUCAAUCACUGCAGCGUUGCCGAUUUUGGGGCAAAAUCCUGGGAACACAGAGCAGCUAUAUUGUUGCUGAAGCAGAGUACAGAGAAGGGGAGGAAGAAGAGGAGCAGAGCACUGAGGAUGCAGGAGAGGAAGAGGAGAGAGAGGCUGUGACUCAGGAGAAUGAGGUGGAUACACUCCCUCAGUCGACCUUUAAGUCCCCACCAGUUGUGCCAAAGGAGGCGAUAGGAUCAGGUGCCAACAAGUUUGUGUACUAUGUGUGCAAUGAGGCUGGUCUUCCCUGGGUAAGGCUCCCAUCAGUCACUCCUGCACAGAUCACUGUUUCUCGCCAGAUCCGUAAAUUCUUCACUGGGAAGCUGGAUAACCCAAUUGUAAGCUACCCCCCUUUCCCUGGCAAUGAAGCCAACUAUCUGAGAGCGCAGAUAGCGCGCAUCUCUGCUGGAACACAAGUCAGCCCACAGGGCUUCUUCCAGGCUGGGGAAGAGGAGGGUGAUGAAGAGGAUGAGACACCCCGGGACAGCUAUGAAGCAAAUCCUGACUUUGAAGGCAUGCCAGUUGUUGAGAUGGCUGAGUCUCUGUCUACCUGGGUUCAUCAUGUUCAGCACAUUCUGCAGCAGGGGCGCUGUACUUGGGUAAACCUGGCUGUGAAACAAGAAGAAGAAACUCAUGAUGAAGAGGAGGCUGAGGACAGGGAGGAGGAGCCUGAUGAACCUGAGCCAGAGAUUGGACCCCCUCUGCUCACUCCCCUCUCCCAAGAUGCAGAAAUGUUCAACACGCCUCCCUGGAGCUCCAAAAUAUCCUCUGCUCUCACCAGCCAGCAUGCAAUAGCUGCUUUACGAUCUAAUCUCUGGCCAGGGGCAUAUGCAUAUGCUUGUGGAAAGAAGUUUGAAAACAUUUAUGUUGGAUGGGGUCUGAAGUAUGCAGGUGAAGGGUUUAGCCCUCAUGUCCCCCCACUACCACAGAAGGAAUACCCUAGUGGACCAGAAAUCACAGAGGCCCUUGAUCCAUCACUUGAGGAGGAACAGGCACUCAAAGAAGCUUUAGAGGUACAGGAAGCUGCUCAAGAGGAGAUGGAGGAAUCAGAUGAAGAGGAGGAAGAUGAUGACUGAUUUUUUUUUUCAUUUUUCUUUUCUGUUUCAUCUGUAAGGUUUUCCUUCAAAAGUCAAUGGCAAAAUAAAUCUGUUUACUCAGCAACAGAUCUUUA